AUGUGGAUUGUGGUGAGUUUGCUCUGCUGCGUAACGUUCGGAGGGCUUCCACGGGCGGGUGGCUCAUGCCCGUCGCAGUGCAGCUGCGCCUUCCACAGCCUCAGCGAAGGGAUGAAAGCCAGGACAGUGCUAUGUAAUGACCCGGAGAUGACCCUCACUCCUGUGAACAUCCCUGUAGAUACAUCCAAGCUUCGGAUAGAAAAGACAGCCAUCCGCAGGGUGCCAGGAGAGGCUUUCCAUGGACUCCACAACCUCGAGUACCUCUGGAUGCCCUAUAACUCCCUGGCCAGCCUCAGCGGGAUCACCUUCAAGGGCCUUCAUCGCUUGCAGGAGCUGAGGCUGGAUGGGAAUGACUUAAUAUCAUUCCCCUGGGAAACCCUGGCUGACAUGCCACAGCUAAGACUUCUGGAUUUACACAACAACGAACUCACCUCAAUCCCCCCAGAUGCUGCUCGUUAUGUCAAGAAUAUCACAUACCUGGACCUGUCUAGCAAUAAGCUGAUGACUCUUCCUCAGGCUCUUAUCGCCACCUGGGCCAACCUCCAGGCUGUUCCUUACUUCCCAAAUGAUAACUCCAAGAUGAUCCUAGGCUUGCAAGACAAUCCUUGGAUAUGUGACUGCAGUCUGUAUGAAAUGGUCCAUUUCCUAAAUUUCCAGUCUCCUAACGUAGCAUUCAUUGAGCCCAGGCUGAAAUGCUUCACCCCCCGGAGCCUUGCAGGAGUCUACUUCAGCCGAGUUGAGCUAAGGAAAUGUCAAAGCCCCAUUGUACAUACAUCUGUAGCCAAAGUAAAGACCAUCCUGGGCAGCACUGUGCUACUACGAUGCGGGACAACGGGGGUGCCCAUUCCUGAGCUCAGCUGGAGAAGAGCUGAUGGUGCUCAGCUAAACGGCACAGUUCACCAAGAAAUUUCCAGUGAUGGGAUGAGCUGGUCUAUUCUGGGCCUGCCUGUAGUCUCUUAUCUUGACUCUGGAGAGUACAUCUGUAAAGCAAAGAAUUUUCUGGGGGCAACAGAGGCAUUCAUAUCUCUCAUCAUCACAGACUCAGAAAGCACGGAUGACCCCAACUCUAAUGCCAAAGGCACAUGGAGUGGGAAGGUGAGUGGGAUGGAAGCAGCUGCCUACAAUGACAAGCUAGUGGCAAGGUACGUUAUCACCACCUCCACUGUGCCUACCUUGGGCACUGGAGAGGGCAUCCUCCCAGAUGUGGCAAAAGAUAGCAAUCCCAGAAACCUGCUGGUGAGCCCGCCUACUGCUCAGCAGGAGCCAGAGCGGAUAGUGAGGUCUGUCAGGGUGAUUGGAGACACCGACCAGAGUAUCACCCUGGUCUGGAAGGCGCCUCUGGCAAAGAACACAACAGUAUUCAGUGUCCUCUAUGCCAUCUUUGGAGAGAGGGACAUGCAGCGGAUCAACGUGGAGCCAGGGAAGACCAAGGUCACCAUUUAUGGGCUGCUGCCAAAGACCAAAUACAUUGUGUGUGUCUGUGUAAAAGGGCUGAUUCCCAGGAAAGAGCAAUGCAUCAUAUUUUCCACAGACGAAGUUGCCAGCGCAGGAGGGACCCAGAAGCUCAUCAAUGUGGUUGUCAUCAGUGUGGCCUGUGUCAUUGCUGUUCCUCUAACACUGGUGGUCUGCUGUGGAGCACUGAAAAGGCGCUGCAAAAAAUGCUUUGUGCGGAAACCAAAGGAAAUUCAGGAAUCCUAUGUCACCUUUGAAAGCCUGUCUCCUGGGGCCAAGGCGAAAGGUGUGGAAGGAGAAUACUUGACUAGACAUACCCCCGAUGAGUCGAACAGGCUGUUGUCUGCCCGAUCCAGUGUGGAUUCAGAAGCAAUACCAAAGAUAGAGGGGCAACCUAACGAAUACUUUUGCUGACAGUAACUAGACUGACUGUCAGCUCACUAGA